AUGGGAGCUUCAUCAAGUACUGUUACUGCUGGAAUAAAAAAUCAAGUUGAUGGAAAAAAGAAUCCUUUAUAUAAAUUUGCUGAUGUCACAGGUAAUGGUAUAUUGGCUGUUCUUGCUAAAGAAGUUCUAAAAUCUAGAAGAUAUGAGUUACUUGAUAAUCAAAUAAGAGAGAAUAUUGGUCAAAUGUUGUAUAAUAAUGGAGAAGGUGAAAUGAUUCCAAUAGAAGAAAUUAUUGCAAUAAGACAUAAAGAAAGAACAGGAAAUACAUUUAAUGCUCCUCCAAGUCAAUUAAAAAAAUUUAUAUGUUGGAGGAUAGAUUGUAGAGGUUCUGUUGGAGAGACAUUAUUACAUGUUUGUUUUAUUUCUGGACUACCACCACAUAUGAAACUUUUAGCACAACGAUUAUUGUAUAUUUUUCCAAAAAUAAUAAAUGAUUAUUAUAUUUGUGAUGAGUAUUAUGGUGAAACAGCACUUCAUAUGGCAAUUAGUUCUGAAAAUAUUGAAGUAGUAAGAUUUCUUUUAAAAUGUGGUGCAUCAGUAGAUCAAAGAUGUUGUGGUAAUUUUUUUACAGCAGAUGAUCAAAAAGAUACAAGAACAGAUACAACAGAAUUUGAACAUGUUGAAUUGUCAAGACAUACUAGAUAUACAGGACAUUUAUAUUGGGGUGAAUAUCCUUUAUCAUUUGCAGCAUGCCUUUCACAAGAAGAAUGUAUUAGAAUGCUUGUUGUUUAUGGUGCUGAUCCUAAUUGGCAAGAUACAAAUGGUAAUACAGUUCUUCAUAUUUGUGCAAUUAGAGGUAAUUGGGAGAUGUUUGAUUUAUUUUUAUCACUUGGUGCUAAAUUACAUAUAUUAAAUAGGCAAGGAUUAACACCAUUAACAACAGCAGCUUACUUAGCUAAAAAAGAUAUGUUUGUAAAAAUUAUGACAAAAGAAAAAGUAGUAUUAUGGACAUAUGGUGAUGUAAGAUGUUCACAUUAUCCAUUAGAACAUAUUGAUUCUAUUGAACCAUCAUCUGGUAAAAUUAAUAGAAAUUCAGCUUUAGCAUUAGUUGUAUAUGGAAAUACAUCAGAACAUUUAAAUUUACUUCCAAAUUUAAUAGAAAAAUUAGUUCAUAAAAAAUGGGUUACAUAUGGAAAAAAAACAUUAUAUACACAAUUUGCAAUAUAUAUUAUUUAUUUUAUCAUUGUAUUUUCAUGUUUUCUUAUACGUCCAACACCUUUUGAAAGAGAAAAAGGAACAUUAAAAUUACCUUGUUUAUUUAAAAUGUCUUUCAAAAAUAAUCCUUUUUGGACACAUAAACGAUAUAUUAUAUAUACUAUAUUAAAUAUUCUUUCAACUGUUGGAGCUGGUUUGUAUUUAUUACAAGCAUACAGUCACAUCAGAAAUAUUGGUCGUAAAAUGUAUUUUCUUUCAUUAUCAGGAUUUCCAGCAAAAGCAAUUUUUUUAAUUUCAUGUAUCUUAAUGCUUCUUACUUUUGUAUUUAGGAUACUUUGUAUGCAUGAAGUUGAAGAUGUUAUAUGGAUUAUAAAUGUUUUAUUAACAUCAUUAAUGUUUCUUUUUUAUUUAAGAGGUUUUAAAUUAGUUGGACCAUUUGUUUUAAUGCUUUAUAAAAUUAUAAUAAGAGAUCUAUUAAGAUUCUUUUUAAUUUAUUCAAUAAUUGUUAUUGGAUUUUCACAAGCUUUUUAUAUUAUAUUUAUUGGUUAUAAACGUAUUAAUGGUAAAUCAACAAUGACAAAAGAAGAUACAAAUAUUAUGGGAAAUAUAUCAGAAUCAUAUGUAAGAAUGUUUAUAAUGUCAUUGACUGAAUUUUCUGUAUUUUUUGAAGAAUUACAACAUUGUGAUUUAACAACACUUGGUAUAAUUACAUUUAUGGUUUAUAUGCUUUUUGUAACAUUACUUUUAAUUAAUAUGUUAAUUGCUAUGAUGACAAAUACAUAUACAGAAGUAUCAGAAAAUAGUUUAGAAUGGUUAAGACAAUGGUCAGCUAUUAUAUUAAUGAUGGAACAAAGUUUUACACCAGAAAUGAGAUUAAAAUAUCAAGUUCAGUAUUCCUCACCUAUGGAAGAUGGAAAAAGAAUUGCUUUACUAGUUAAACAAAGAUUAUCACAAGAAUAA